AUUUUUUCUUUUCUAUGGUUACGGGUUAAUAACAACAAUAACGUUGUAUACAAUGAAUAGACCAGUAAUAUGUGAUUGAAUUUUGUAAAUAUUUAUGUAAUAAUAAUGAGUUUUCCUAAAGUUUUACAGUCUGUUCAAAGAUUGGAGCAUCAAAAGUAUUUGUUGUGCUUGCUCAUUAGUAAAAGAUAUCGUGGAGGUUAUACAAUAUAUAACACUGUAGAAGCCAAAGAAAGAGGUUUAGAAAGAAUUCAGAACGCACAGAAUGUCAGAAAAGGAAUUGGAAAAGCUUUUUCUCCUGCCAAUAAUCUACCAAUAUCUCUGAAAUAUUUGAGUAGCGAAAAUCAGUCUGAUGUCCCUGAUGAAAAAGAAAAUUGUAUUUCGAGAAAGAAACUUGAAGAACAACAAAUUCAAGUUCAGUUUCCCUUUCAAAAUGUAGACAAAAUUGAUAAUAAUAAUCAAGAUUAUAAUGAUCAAUUGGAAGUGCAUCAUUCAGAUCCCGCAGAAAGUACAUAUGACUUGAUGCGUUUAAGACAUGAGUUAAUUAAGGAAAAAAAAAAUUGGAUGUUGAACUAUGACAAUUUUGAUGAUACUUCUUUACAAAAUGAAACAUAUGAAACUGAUGGUGAAACCAUAAAUUAUGGUACUCCAGAUCCUAAAUGUGAAAUAAGUAGAGUACCUUGUGGAGGAUGUGGUGCUCACCUUCAUUGUAAGGAUCCAUCUUUACCUGGAUAUUUACCCUCUGAAAUAUUCAAAAAAUCCAGAAACCUUGGUGCAGCUGACCUUACAGCAUUAAUUUGUCAGAGGUGUUACUUUUUGAAGAAUCAUAAUAUAGCAUUAGAAGUACAAGUUUCGAACGAUGACUAUCCUACAGUUCUCAAAACAAUAAGUAACAAGAAGGGUAUUGUGGUAUUGAUGGUCGAUCUAACUGAUUUUCCUUGUUCUAUAUGGCCUGGUUUGGCUGAUAUAUUUCAUAAAAUGCCAAUUUUAGUUGUUGGAAAUAAGGUAGAUCUUUUACCUAGAGAUAGUCCAAAAUAUCUAAAUCAUGUGAAGAAAAAAUUACAUGAUCAUAUUAAAGCAUUCGGGUUUGGCAGUCGCUUCCUGAUUGAUGUAAUACUGAUUUCUGCUACAACAGGUUAUGGUGUUGAAGAUCUAAUCACGAAACUACAUUCUUCCUGGAGAUAUAAAGGUGAUGUUUAUUUGGUAGGCAGUACAAAUGUAGGAAAAUCUAGCUUAUUCAAUACUCUUAUACAAUCUGACUAUUGUAAGUCUCAAGCUGAAGAUUUGAUUCAGAGAGCUACAACUAGUGUUUGGCCUGGCACUACAUUGAAUCUCUUGAAAUUCCCAAUAACUAAACCUUCAGGACAUAAAAUAGAAUUGCGAAGAAAGAGAUUGCUACAACUCAAGAAAUUGGAGAGACAAGAGGCUGAAGAGAAGUACAAAUUGUUGAAGCAAACAAAUGAUUGGAGACAUGCUGUUCUGAUUGGAAGAAUUGACAGAAGUCCAACAAACUUUGGAGGAAAAGAACACGAAGAAAAUUUCUCUAUGAGGCCAUCUCAAUAUGCUACUGGUAUUACUAAACUAGGAGUUAAUGAAAAAGAUCCAGUUUAUGCCCAUGGACGCUGGUGCUACGAUACUCCAGGUGUGGUUCCACCAGAUCAGAUACUGAAUUUGUUGACCACAGAGGAAUUAUUUUUAACACUUCCCAAAACUCUGAUUGCACCUAGAUCAUUCUGUAUUCGUCCUGGAGAUUCCUUAUUUAUUGGUGGUCUAGCAAGGCUGGAUUAUCUUGAAGGGAGAGAUUCGAUCUGGUUUACCGUAUUUGCUUCCAAAGAAUUACCUAUAUCUUUGUGCAUAACUGAAGAAGCCGAUAAAUUUUAUCAAAAAUAUCUAGGAACGAAAUACUUGAGAGUACCCAUUGGUGAAGAAGAAAGAUUGAAAAAAUGGCCAGGCUUAUCUGAAGCUAAGACUUUUACUGUCGAUGGAAUUGAUUAUGACUUUUCAUCGAAGGAUGUUGUUCUAUCUAAUGCAGGUUGGAUUUCCAUUACUGGACGAAGAGGUAGAACAAUGAAGCUAAAAGCAUGGACGCCAGAAAAAAGAGGAGUAUAUAUAAGAGAUUGUCUUCUUCCACAAGCUAUAAAUUUGAAAGGGACACGAUUAAGUUCUACCCCUGCUUAUAAGAGUCACAGAUAUUUUUCAGAGGAAGAAGUAUAUUCUUCUUCUACUUGUACCUUGUCAGUUUGAUCCGACGUGGGCAAUUACCAUCAAGAAGGCAUCUCGAUACUCUGCUAUAUGCAAAGUAUAUUACGAAUGUCAAAUCAUGUACAAAAAUAAAAAAAAAUAUUUCAAU